GCCUCGUAUAAAAGCCUAGCGCGCUCUGGCAGGCCGCAGCAGUCGACAGCAGCAGGCCACGAUAGCAGUGAGGUCCUUCCUACUCGAUAUACGAUUGACGAUCUGCGUAUAGUAUAGAGCCACACACAUACACAGCUGUCGCCAUGAUGAGACACGCCAUCGCAUCCCUACUCGUCCUCAUCGUUGCGGGUGUAGGACUGAGCGCCGCAGCGCCAUCUCGCGUGAAGCGAUUCGGGGUCCCUCUAUCGGCGGAGAUGGCAUGCGCGCCGGGAAUUGACAACGCUACGUUCGCAACGGAUCCGGACGACUGUGGCAUGUUCUACAUCUGCGAUCGCGGAUGGCCGAAGCGCAUGCGCUGUGCGCAGAACACGAUCUGGACUCCCAGGGGGCGCCACGACGGAAAGUGCGAGCUGCCUGAGGACGCCGUUAACGACGACUGUCAGUUUGUCUACGCGCCAGUCACCGAAGCCAUCGAGGGCUGUCCGUUCCAGUGCGACGACGGUCAGUGCGUCCACCUAGCGGCCGUAUGCGAUGGCAAGACGCAGUGCGAAGACGGAUCGGAUGAGAGCGGAUGUGCGGAGACGUGCGACGAGAUGAAAUGUCGUCUGCCAGGAUGCUUCUGCAGCGGCACGGAGAUACCGGGCAGGCUGCUGACGAACGAGGUUCCACAGAUGGUGCUUAUCACCUGGGAGGGAGGCAUUCGCGCAAACGAUUACCUGCAUCUGUACAGGCAACUGUUGAACAAGAGAAGUGCUGCCAGGCGAAGGGAGCCGAGGACGAAUCCCAAUGGCUGUCCGAUCACCAACACGUUCUUCGGUUUUCACGAGUACACGGACUACAUGGCUGCGCAGGUGCUGCACAAGGAUCGCCACGAGAUCGGAACUCUCUCCAUCAGCCAUCGCCUCCCGUCCGAGUUCUGGCGUGACGCCUCGCAGGAGGAGUGGAGGCAGGAGAUGGCCGAUCACCGCAUCAUCUACGAGAACCUUGGCUUCAUCCCGCAGUCCGACGUCCGCGGCAUGCGCGCCCCCUACCUGCAGGUCGGCGGCAACAACCAGUUCAGGAUGAUGGCGGAGAACAACUUUCUCUAUGACAACUCGAUGCCGACGCCGCAGCACGACCCGCCGAUGUGGCCGUACACACUCGACUACCUGUCGACGCAGACGUGCGUGCUGCCCCCCUGCCCGACGCAGUCGUUCCCGGGCAUCUGGGAGGUACCGAUGGUAGACUACCUCGACCUGAACGACACGCUGUGCAACGAGAUCGACAACUGCGCGUUCCCGGCCUCGAAGGACGAAGCGCUCGAGUUGCUGCAUAUGAACUUCGAGCGGCAUUACCGCAGCAACCGCGCUCCGUUCCCGCUGCAUCUGCGGCCGCGUUGGUUCUACGAGGCGCACUACACGAUCGAGGCGAUCGAGGAGUUCCUCGACGAACUGCAGGCGAUGGGCGACGUCUACAUGGUCACCGUCUCGCAGGCGAUCAAGUGGAUACAGAUGCCGACGCGACUGAUGGACAUCAAGAACUUCGGGCCGUGGAAGUGCGACGACGCCGUCGGCGGUGCCGACGUCUGCGAGAGGCCGAUCAGCUGCGGCUACUACAACAUCACGAUCCAUCCGAACUCGGAGGACCAUCCGGGAGAGAGAUGGAUCUCAACGUGCGCCGACUCGUGCCCGCCUAGCUACCCGUUCACGGGCAAUCCCGAAGGAUUGUAAAUGAACCCCAAAAAAUUAAAAUAAACACACAUUCGCAUUCCUACAUCGCCAUAUCGCGCAUCAGUAGUUAGUGCAAUCAAUAGACGCUCAUAUCAGUGAACACGCGGAUGGUUCGCUCACGUUGUAGGCGACCACGCUGUUCCUUAGAAAUUCCCGAACGCUCCAGCUGCGAGCGAUAUUGAUUGCCAUAAGUACAUCUUUCAUGUCAAAUGUGAGAUCGACGGAGUCGUAUGACGAUCUUAGUAAAACAGUCACCUAGAAGAAUCAUGAUAGCACGAACGGUGCUUUAUACUCUUUCCUCCUCAUUCUCACUGUCGAUCAUAAUUUCAACGACCAACUCAAGGAGAUCCCCCCCCCCCAAAUUCAUACAUCUUUAAACGGAAAUCAAAUAUAUAAAUAUAAAUAUACACACAUAUAUAUCUUUUUUCGAAAUUAGAAUAGCGUAAAUAUAUAUAUAUCUCGUUUUGAUUGGAUUAUAAGAAAUUUAGUUGAAUAUACGGCUGUGAUAAUGGCUAGAAAUUGUCCCCUAUGCACACGCCCAAACGGUUCGUUGUUCACGUGUUCUUCAAACUAGGUUCAGGUUUAUGACUUUGGAAAGUAGCCAACUAUAAAAGCGCGAAGUGUUGCCAAAAUAAAAUGCAAUUUAAUCGAUGAGCUGCCAACAUUUCGCUAGAUGGCACAACCUGAUGGUAAAGGCAGGUUGAACCCAAUCCUGUUGCAUAAAAGAGUAAGCAUAACCCUAAGCAGCAUUCUAAAUAAUUAAAAAAGUACAAGAAAAUGUUCCUUUCAGUGUAUAUAAUGUGGAAGGUGCCGUAUGGGAUGUUAUUCAAAUAUGUAUAUAUAGAUACGAUACUGUUGUGCAACAACAAAAGCAAAAGCACCAGCUAUCGGCCAUGCAUGAAAUUAUUCCGAGAAGAUAGGCUGAUGAAAGAUAAGGCGUUUCCUGCAUAUAUAUAUAUAUAUAUAUUGUCUAUGAAGGGAGUUGUAUAUUUUAAUAGCAAUAAGCUGUGUGCAAAUUAUAAUGUAGAGAUGUAUAUCAUAAAUGAUGAAUAAUAUAACCUUGCCCUAUGCGUAGAUUCACUUCGUUCACAUUGUGAGAAGUUGCCAGCGGUUAAGUCGCAGUCAUGGCCGUCCCAAAAAUAGCGCAAGCCAAUUUAAAUCGCAUUAAGCAAUUUCGCACAGAAUUUGUCACAUUCCUAACAGGAAAGAAAUCUAAAAUUGAAGUGACAUUACAUAACAUGUCACUUAUAACUUGCAUUAAAAUUUACCCAAGAAGAUAACCCUCAAUUAGGUUUCGGCAGGUUAAAAUGCGUAAACUGGCGCAUGCACGGUAAGGGUAGUUAUCUGACUUUCAUAUCUAUAAUCAGCCGUGGUGCAUACCGGACACACAGCAUGAGCGAAACGAAUCUAUAUCGCUUAUAUCCUUGUAAUUCAAACAACCAACGUGUUAGCUCUGUUUUAUACGCGGUUUAUCGAAUGCAAAUACGUAUAUAUCCGAAAUAAACUUUGCCUGGUUUGAGAUA